AUGCGAACCGCAACUCCUGGUGGGCGAGGAGCGGCGCCACGCGGCCCGAGCGACACGUGCGGACGAGGACGAGGCGCGCCGGAGACUGAACCGGCGCCCGGCGCCCGGCCGACGGCGCGGGCUCGGGCUGCGGGCUCGGGGGCGGCGCCGCGCGCUCCACGCCUCCAGGAGCGACCUACCGACCUCCGCCGUACAUACAGCGUGCUCCGAGCGAGAUACACUACCCGCUUCACCUCCGAGGAAACUACCAUCGGCGGCCUUCCGUACGGUCAAAUUAAUAUAUGUACUAUAAAAAUCCCUCUUACUUUAUGA